AUGGCAAAUUGGCCAACACCAAGCGAAUUAGUGAACACUGGAUGUCAGAACGCCAUUAACCAAGGAAAUAAGAAGGUACAAAAUAGAAAAGAAAAAGAAGAGAAAGUUGAAAAGAGAAGCAACAGUGAGAGCAAAGAAAACCGGGAAAUGAAGUUGGAUGGUCCAGGUGAAAAUGUCAGUGAAGAUGAGGCUCAGUCAAGUAAUCAACGAAAAAGAGCUAAUAAACACAAGUGGGUACCACUUCACUUAGAUGAUGUAAGACCAGAGUGUCAAGAAAGACCAGGCUCCCGGAACAGCUCAAGAUGUCAACCUGAAGCUAACAAAACAGCAUAUAACAAUAGGCGAAAUGAAACACGGGGUUGGAGGCGAGAUAGAGAAAAGAGAGAUGAUCAAGAUGACGUGAGAAGUGAGGGUGGCAGUAUCCGAGGUUCCUUUAGGGGACGAGGAAGAGGACGAGGACGGGGAAGAGGACGAGGCAGAGGAAAUCCUCGAUUGAACUUUGAUUAUUCAUAUGGUUAUCAAGAACAAGGUGAAAGGACGGAUCAACCAUUUCAAACAGAAUUUAAUACCAGUAUGAUGUAUUACUAUGAUGAUGGUACAGGUGUACAGGUGUAUCCUGUGGAAGAAGCAUUGCUUAAAGAGUAUAUUAAGCGCCAAAUUGAAUAUUACUUCAGUAUAGAAAAUUUGGAGCGGGACUUCUUUCUUAGAAGAAAGAUGGAUGAACAAGGUUUCUUGCCUAUUUCCUUGAUUGCUGGUUUUCACCGUGUUCAGGCUCUCACUACAAACCUUAAUCUCAUUUUAGAGGCAUUGAAAGAUAGCACAGAAGUGGAAAUUGUGGAUGAGAAGAUGAGAAAAAAGGUAGAGCCAGAAAAAUGGCCAAUUCCUGGUCCUCCUCCACGUAGUGUGCCACAGACAGACUUCUCUCAAUUGAUUGAUUGCCCGGAGUUUGUACCAGGCCAAGCCUUUGGCUCACAUACAGAGUCUGCUCCAAACUCUCCAAGAAUUGGAAGUCUACUGGGUUCAAAGAAAAAUACAGAAACAAGUACUCUUCAAGCAAUAUCUAGGGUUUUGUCUGCCAGUUUGCCUGAUUUGGACUCAGAGUCUUGGAUGGAAGUUAAAAAGAGACAUCGUCCUUCACCAGUGAAAUUGCAGGAAUUAAUAUCUGUACCUGAUGUGGCGUCAAGUCAACUAUAUCCAGAAGAAGAACAAGAGGAACUUGAUUUUUUAUUUGAUGAAGAAAUAAAACAAAUAGAAGGUCGAAAAAACACAUUUACUGAUUGUUCUGAUAAUGAUUCAGAUUAUGAAAUUGAUGACCAGGAUUUAAACAAGAUUUUGAUUGUAACUCAGACACCACCUUACAUGAGAAAACAUUCUGGAGGAGAUCGAACAGGCAAUCACAUGUCUCGGGCAAAGAUUACAUCAGAUCUUGCUAAAGUUAUCAAUGAUGGCUUAUAUUAUUAUGAACAGGAUUUAUGGAUGGAAGAGGAUGAAAACAAACACACAACUAUAAAGAUUUGA